AUGUCAGCCAUCUCUAAAUACUUUACGCCCAUUCCUGAUGCAUCCAUAACAUUUAAUGGAGCUAAUAUUUGUGUGAAAAAUUCUAUUGAUUCAAAUAAUCUAUCCAAUGAGGAUAAUGAAAUAGGUGGACCUCUUUCUUCUAAUAAUACACCCAAUGCUGAGUUAGGUUAUAUUCAUGAUUUGACCUUCAGAGCUGAACAAGGUGAGGUUAUAUUAGUCUUAGGAGAUCCAACAUCCGAUUUAUUUAAAACUUUAUUUCACAGUCACAGGAAUCUAAAUUAUUAUCCAAAACAAAGUAUCUUAUUUAAAGAUAAUGAAUUCAAAUCAUUUUCAUCAAAAUGCCCACAACAAAUCAUCUAUAAUAAUGAAAAAGAUAUCCAUUUCCCAUUCUUGACUGUACAACAAACUAUUGAUUUUGCCUUAGCUUGUAAAUUUAAUAUACCAAAGCAAGAAAGAGACAAUUUAAGAGAUGAGUUGUUGAAAAGUUUUGGUUUGUCUCAUGUGUUAAAAACUAUUGUUGGUAAUGAUUUUGUUCGUGGUGUUUCUGGUGGUGAAAGAAAACGUAUUUCAAUUAUCGAAACAUUUAUAGCAAAUGGAUCCAUCUAUCUAUGGGAUAAUUCCACCAAGGGGUUAGACUCUUCAACCGCUUUAGAUUUCUUAUCUAUCUUACAAACCAUGGCAAGGGCCACUCGUUCCAUCAACUUCGUCAAAAUCUCUCAAGCUUCUGAUAAAAUUGUUGGUAAAUUCGAUAAAAUACUAAUGUUAACAAAUUCAUAUCAAGUGUUUUAUGGUACUGUUGAUGAGUGUUUAACUUACUUCCACGAUGAAUUAGGGAUUGAGAAAGAUCCAAACGAUUGUAUCAUUGAGUAUUUGACUUCUAUUCUCAAUUUCCAAUUUGAUUCUAGUAAGAUGGAUUCUCAAAAUAUCCCGACUUGUGAAUCUGAUUUAUAUUCGCUAUGGACAGAUUCAACAUAUUAUAAAACAUGUAAACAGGAUACUGCUAUCACCACAGCUAUUAGAUCUGAUGUUAAUCCAGAUGACGUUACACCAAAAUUCACUGUCCCAUUAACUACACAAUUCCAUUAUUGUCUUCGUAGAGCUUUCCAAAGAAUCAUUGGUGAUAGAAGUUAUCUGAUCUCUCAAUUUGUUUCUGUGAUUGUUCAAUCUUUGGUUAUCGGUUCUCUGUUCUAUGACUUGCCUGUCACAACUAUAGGUUCUUUCUCAAGAGGUUCCCUAUGUUUCUUUUCACUUUUAUUCUUCACUUUCUUAGCCUUAACUGAUAUGCCCGCUGCUUUUCAAAGACAAGAAAUUGUUACCAAACAUGUUCAACUACAUUUCUACUAUGGUUCCUUUGAGACUUUAUCUGCUACCUGUUUUGACUACACAUUUAAAUUUAUAUUGGUUGUGGUCUUCACUAUCAUUCUUUAUUUCUUAGCUCAUUUACAAUAUAAUGCAGGUAGAUUCUUUAUUUUCUUACUGUUUUUGUCCAUUUACAAUUUUAGUAUGAUUUCAUUGUUUUCUUUGACAGCAUUAAUUAGUCCUACUUUAGGUAUUGCUAAUAUGUUAGCAGGUAUUUUAUUGUUAGGUAUUGCUAUGUAUGCAUCAUAUGUUAUCCAUUUAGAAGACAUGCAUCCAUGGUUUGUUUGGAUUGCUUACAUCAAUCCAGCCAUGUUUUCUAUGGAAGCCAUCUUAUCCAAUGAAAUUUUCAAUUUAAAGUUAGACUGUACAGAAUCAAUUGUUCCCAGAGGUCCUUAUUACGAUAAUGUUUCAUUCACUCACAAAGCUUGUGCUUGGCCAGGUGCAACCUUAGGUAACAACUAUGUUAGAGGUCAGGAUUAUUUAAGAAGUGGGUUGAAGUACACAUAUCAUCAUGUUUGGAGAAAUUUUGGUAUAUUGAUUGGUUUCUUAUGUUUCUAUUUGUUCUGUUCAUUAUUUGUUUCUGAAUUUAUUACUCCAUUAUACACAAGAGAAAACUUGCAAAAAUGGCAGGAAUACAUGCAUAAACAUAAUCCAUUUGGUAACAAGAAGAGUCGGAAUUCCCCAGUAGCUAAUGAAACAAACCCAUUUGAUGAGGAAUUACAACCAAUCUCCUCAUGCUCUGUUUCCACUUCUGUUGAGUCUUCAUCUGCUAAACUAGGUAGCGUUCGUGAAAAAGAUAAUUCCUCAACUUUCCACAAGAAAGUUAAAGGCCACAACAUUGUUGAAACACAAAAACAUGUUAUCUCUUGGAAAAAUAUUAACUAUGUUGUUGAAGGCAACAAACAAUUAAUUAAUGAUGCCACUGGUUUUAUUAGUUCUGGUUUGACGGCAUUGAUGGGUGAAUCUGGUGCAGGUAAAACUACUUUAUUAAAUGUUUUAUCUCAACGUGUAGAAACUGGUGUGGUUACUGGUGAAAUAUUAAUUGAUGGUCAACCAUUGACAAAUAUUGGUGCUUUCAGAAGAAGUACUGGUUUUGUUCAACAACAAGAUGUUCAUUUGGAUUUACUCACAGUGAAAGAAUCACUUGAAAUUUCAUGCACUUUAAGAGGUGAUGGUGAUAUGGAAUAUCUGGCUACUAUUGCAAAGUUAUUGAAAUUACCUGCUGAAAAGUUAGUUGUUGAUUUAAGUCCAACAGAAAGAAAGUUAUUAUCCAUUGGUGUUGAGUUAGUUACUAAACCAUCUUUAUUGUUAUUCUUAGAUGAGCCUACUUCUGGUUUAGAUGCUGAAGCUGCUUUGACUAUAGUUAAAUUUUUAAAGAAAUUGUCUGAACAAGGUCAAGCUAUUUUAUGUACCAUCCAUCAACCAAGUAAGAGUGUUAUUAGCUACUUUGAUAAUAUUUACUUAUUGAAAAGGGGUGGUGAAUGUGUCUAUUUUGGUGAUAUUAACGAUGCUUGUGAUUACUUUGCAUCACAUGAUGAGUCAUUGUACUACGACAGGGAACUUGAUAAUCCAGCUGAUUUUGUCAUUGAAGUUGUUGGUGGGAAUCGUGCAGAAAAGUACUCUGACUCUUCUAGUGAUGUUGAUAAGGUUUUCGAAAAAGCAAGUAUUGAUUGGACUGCUAUGUGGAAUAAUUCUCCUCAUAGAAAACAAGUUUUGGUUCAGCAGGAAGAAUUAGAAAGGGAAGCUAUUGCAUCUGGUAUCGACUUUACUACAUCUGCAUGGAGUUUACCUUCGUAUAUGACCCAAUUGAUUACAAUUAUUAAAAGACAAUACCGUUGCACAAAGAGAGAUAAAGCAUAUGUUGGUGCUAAAUUUGCAUUGAAUGCUGGUGCUGGUUUGUUCAUUGGUUUUUCUUUUUGGAGGACAAAAGAAAACAUUAGUGGUUUACAAAAUGCGAUCUUCUUAUCCUUUAUGAAUUUAUGUUUAUCUUCACCGUUGAUUAACCAAGUUCAAGACAAGGCCUUACAGUCUAAGGAUGUUUAUGUUGCUAGAGAAGCUAGAUCUAACACUUACCAUUGGUCUGUUUUAUUACUUGCCCAAACUAUUGUAGAGUUACCGUUAGCAAUUUCUAGUUCGACAUUAUUCUUCUUGUGCUGCUACUUCUGUUGUGGCUAUAGUGAUGCUGCUCAUGUUGCUGGUGUCUUUUACUUAAAUUACAUUCUUUUUAGUGUGUACUAUCUGACCUUUGGUUUAUGGUUAUUAUAUUCUGCUCCUGAUUUACAAACAGCUGCUGUUUUUGUUGCUUUCUUUUAUAGUUUCACAGCUUCCUUCUGUGGUGUUAUGCAACCAUAUUCUCUUUUCCCUGGAUUCUGGAAGUUCAUGUAUCGUGUAUCACCGUAUACAUACUUUAUUGAUACUUUCGUAAGUUUGUUACUUCACGACAGACCAGUACAUUGUGGGGUAGGAGACACUGUUCCAGGUCAACCAUUACCAGGCCAAACAUGUUUAGAGUUCAUGACCCCAUACAUGAACGAAUAUGGUGGUAUCUUGAAGAUUAAUAAUAGUCGUUCUGUUUGUGCUUAUUGUACUUAUACUGUUGGUGAUGAUUUCUUAGCGGUGGAAAAAAUGAGUUAUCAUCAUAGGUGGAGAAAUUUUGGUAUAUGUAUCGCCUUCUGCGUCUUUAAUUUCUUUGCUAUGUUUGCAGGUUUCUACUUAACAUAUGUAAAGAAUAUUUGGCCAAUUGUUUGGGCUUAUCUCAUGAAGAUAAUUCCGCUUGACAGAUUUUUCAAAAAGAAUGUCGUCACCAAAAAGAGUGAGAAGAUGAUAGAAACAAAAUAA